GCCAUAUAAAGGUGAUUUACGGUCAUCGACGUCUUAUGACCUGUGUACGACGUCGUGUAAAGGUACCAUUUUCGUGUAUCUUAUGGCGUCACAGAAAAACGUCAUGCGUUCGUCAGAACGACGUUGAAAAUUGCAAUUAUUUUUCAUAUCAAUAGAAUUUCGUGGUACCUCAAAACUCAAACAUAUUACUACAUACAUACUACCAUACAAUGCUAAUUGUAUUUAAUGCUAAAGCAAUUACUACCAUAAACAUGAUACACCUAUGACAGACAACUACCACAUCCUUUGUGCUUAGUGCGCAGGUGCGUUCUGAAGUUGAACCUGUGAUCUCUCGAAUGUCGAAUACGUCUAAAAGUGGCGGUUAUUUUUUUGCUUUUGACUAUUAUAAUUGAAAUCGUAUAAACAAAGACGUGCAAUUUGACCAGAGACAUUAGAGAGUCUCUGAAUUUGACUGACUGACUGAGCUUCGAAGGUAUUAUUAACAGGUAAGGCAAAUUUUGAACUUACUCAACUUUGAGGUUAUUAUUGUGCAUGUGCAUGUUUCUGUUAGAAUAAAUGGCGUACGUUGGUAUCGAAUUUGAAAGCGAUGGCGAAAAUGAUGCGGGGGAGAUCGCGAUUGUAAAUAAAGUUUGGCUCACGCCAAUGAAACGGAGAGUUCAUUGGCCGUCCUAUAGUCAACCCACAAAAUUUGAAAGUGCACUACGCAGUGGAGAGGAACCUGGCGAUACCUGGAUGUUAUACCCGGUUAAGAGGAUCUUUUUUGAAACAGACAAUCUUCUUAAAGCACGACAGAAAUUGAAAACUGCCGAAGUUACCUCCGAUGUGCAGUCGGACACUGAAUUCAGUGAAAAACGUAAAAGAGUUCCGCCUCCACGACUGUCUUACGAUAGCGAAGAGGAGAGCGUUGCAACAUUACCUCGGCCUCCAAGAUUUUCGCUGGAUAAAGUUAAUCAACAAAGUUCAAGACAAAGUUACUCACAACCAGAACCUCGGAGUAGUCCAUCCACCCAUGUCAAUAAGAAAAAUUGUUUCCGAACAAUACCCUCUAGUCCAUCAUCAUGUGCUGAUGCCAUCCCCUCUAGUCCAUCAUCAUGUGCUGAUGCCAUCAACAGACAAAGACUUCCAACAAGAUCCCCACUUGCGGUACGUGGCGAAGAACGUGAAAAUUUAGAUUCUAAGGUAGUCGUACCCUUACUAUUACAUAUCAAGGAACAGAAUAACCAAAUUCUGUCAUGGAUAAAAAAACAAAGUAAUACAACCGUUGUUCAUGGCACUUUACCCGAUGAUAUUCCUGUAAAAUUUCCUUUAUGCUCAAUUGAUUCAUUAACCGUAUUAGAAUCAUAUUUGAUGGAUGAUGGACAUUUAGCAGAAUUGGCAGCAUAUUUCUCGUCAUUAGGCGGACGUGACAUUGGAUCUAAAACGAACAUUAUUUAA